AUGUGCCCCGGCCACCACCAAAAAACCCCUGGUGACGCCUCGUAUCAUCAGUAUCAUAUCCGGGAGCAACUUGCUCGCGUCCGUCCUGAUGUGAAGCCAGGUCGUCGCCCCAACACAAAACUCUUAAGCUUCGCGCCAUUUGCACGACCAUCCCAAAAGCAAAGUACUAGUCUUCAAAGCCUCCACACAGAACUACUCGUCCAAAUCUUCUCUUACCUCUUGUGCUCAUCUGGUGGGAUAUUGAUUGGCGGGUUUAUAACGGCUGGGCAUGAUCAAGGACCCCACAGUACUUGGUUUGAAUUUGAAAAUCCAGUCACACAGAAUAGGCUAGGCAUCUCUAGUGGCUUGUUUCUUAUCUCUCGACGUAUUAGCGAUAUUGCACUUGAUGUUUUAUACUCUUUAAAUGAGUUUAGAAUUAAUGUUAAGGAGCCAAUGUUAACCCGAUCAUGGCUACUUUCAAUCGGCGCCAGAAAUCGAAAUCGCCUCACCCGGCUUCAAUUUUAUGGAAUCAUUCGAACUAAUGAAUAUGAGCUCCUUAAAAUUGGGAGUACGCUUCAGAUGAUGCGGAAGUUGAACAGAAUACAUUAUCGACCGGGAAGCUAUAGCAAUCCGAAAGUUGCAACUCACGCCGUGGAAUUUGAUAUUUCGGCGGACGAAAUUCCUUAUUAUAGUAGGACAAUAAUGAGUACGUAUAGUACGAAAGGGCUGCCCGCUACUCUCAGCAACGGCUCUUACCCUUCGCUUUCCAUAAGGGAGCAAUAUCAGCAAAAAUCGCUAUUGCUUUCCCUCCCCGAGCCAAUCCUUCGUAAGAUUAUAAGUCUCUGCUAUACAGACGAUCGCAUAGAAAUAUGUUCACCUUUCAAUCUUUCCCGAGAGCCUCGGAAAGCCGAUUCCAGAGACGAAUAUGGCAAAUCCCACUUGUCACAAUCCAGUUACUUUGCAAUACUUCUGGUCUGCAAGUCGGUAUCUCAGAUUAUGAGAAAAGUCAUUUACUCUUCGACAGAAUUCAGUCUACGGCACCAUGCGUUCGUUGUAUUCUCAGACGUAAUCAGGACUGAGGAUUUCAAUAGAGUUACCCGGUUGGAACUAGUUGUUGGGCAACUGGAAACGGAAAGGUUGUUAUACAAUAUCCAGUGCCUAAAAUCCAUUCUUUCCAGACUCUUACAACCAUCGAGUAAAAUCAAAAGUCUCGAGAUUAAGAUGCAACGGCUUUGUGUGCCAUACCUUAGUGUUUUCAGAGACUCAUUGGCAAAACUGAAGGGGAAAUGCCGAGUAAGUCUGGAGGAGUCGCCGGCAAAAGAAAUUCAUCGACCAGGGGUAACGUUCAACAGUAUUGGGUGGAUGCUCGACGCCGAUGUUGACCCAAACACCACAUGGGCGUGGGGACAUUGGUCUAAGAAAUGGAAGAAUCUCCCUGCGGUUGAGAAUGAUGUAGUGAUAGAACGAAGAUGGAAGAAAAUUAAGAAAGGGGGUUUUUAUGUUGGAAUGGCAAUUGUGGGUCCCGUGGGAAUAAUUCUGCUCUCCCCUAUCAUCUGUUACAAUAUUGUUGGAGGGACGAUAAAAUCGAGGACGGGUCGCUAG